AUCGGUUGACGCCCGGACGAUCCUCAGAUCUGAGUGACCCGUGCGGAUAUGUCGUGAGGUCACCACUCCCUAUACGAGCACAAGUCGGCUCUGCACAGCUUUCUGUGGGCUUUUUGGCUCUGGGGAUGACUACAACGGGUCACAGGCCGUUUAUGCCAAAUGUGACGUCUCGUUUCUGAGGCGUGUAUUUCAUGGUAAGAAAUCUAGAUGCCGUGGAAGUAGGACAAGUGAUACUCAAUACUUUGAAUCCCGUCAAAUCGCAUAUUGUAAGCAGCAUUCUACCAGGACUAUUAUCAGAGAGAAAGAGGAUGGCAUCAUUAAGAGCACUCACGCCCCUUGCGCGUCAGGCGACUCGGAUACCAACUGGACAGCCUUUGAGACUGGUCGGCAGACGGUUCGUGAACACGGAUACGGCGCCGGUCUUGUAUUCGGCUCACGCGAAGGUCGUGGGGGCGAGGACUGGACACGUCGAUGGUGAUGACUUGAAAGUUGACCUGACAAUGGCCAAAGCCCUCGGCGGCGAAGGCGACGCCGGCAAAACCAACCCCGAGGAACUCUUCGCGGCAGGAUACGGCGCGUGUUUUCAAUCGGCAAUGAACGCCGCCGCCAUGUCCAUGAAGAUCAAAAUGCCGGAGAAGAAAGAGGACUCGAUCGUCGAGACCACGGUGCAUUUAGUGGGGGACAUGAAGCAGCUCGAUAUGGGGCUCAGAGUGGAUAUGAAGGUCCGAGUGAAGGGAUUGUCAAAGGAGAGCCUGGAUAAGGUGGUGGCCAAGGCCAAGGAGGUUUGUCCUUAUUCGAGGGCGACGAAGGGUAAUAUCACGACGAAUAUUGAGGUCGUGCAAGAAUAGCUGAGCGAUGUAGCCAGAUGGCUAGGACCACGGUGGUAAGUGAGGGUUUUCUUGGGCGACUGGGUUGUAAGAGAUAACCUAAAAGGCGAACGCUAACGCUGAAACCACCGAGAGACAGUGAGUCAACACAUAUAAUAGCAUGCUCAGUCUUGGAAGGCACCCUGAGACCAGAACGACAGUGCUGCUUACCAGAUAUAUACUUGUCUGGAGGUACACUGACACUACGAUUAUUCAAUAUUAUGUCCUCU